AUGAGACAUUCUGUGACCCUUUUUAUUCUCUUGACCUCCUCCUCUGUAAAUGGCUUCUUCUUCGGAGCCGCUGGUGGUGGUGGAGCUUGCGGAUGCUCACAACCACCGGCUUGUCCCCCUCCGCCACCUCCAUGUGGAGCACACCGAGCAGUAGCAAGAGGGGCCAAAACUAGGUCAUUUGAUCAGCCGAUUACAGCUGGUUAUCAACCGAAUUAUGCAACAAAUCCAGGACCUCAAGUGUAUACAGUUCCCGAUGAACUUGAUCUGAGAGCCGCCGCGUUCGGAGUGCCGAUUCAACCGCAGCCCCAAUACUCGAUCUUCGACGUUUUGCAUAAUUUGGGUGAAAGUCGCGAUAGUCCGGCACAGCAGUUGGUCGUCGCUGACGGAAGUACGAAUACUGAUUACUUCCCGAAAGAAAACGAUGAGGACUUGACGGUGUCCGAGAUGACAGGAAGCGGUGGAUGGUAUAGGGCGAAGGAGAUUCGUAGAGCGCCAGCUGAGCCGACGGUUCAUGUGCAUCGUGAUGGUUCCGUGGAGAGUACAACGCUGGGAAGCGUUGCGACUGAAGAAUCUUUCGAUAAAAACAAAUGCAGCAGUGCAGUUCUGCGCAAGCUCAUGCUUGAAGAAAUUACUGAUAGCUCCGCCGAGUCUAAAAGAAACAUCAACGUCGCCGCUGAAGGAAAGUUCGGAGGAAAUGUUGACGUUAUUUGCUCCAGAGGACACUUUUCUUACAUUUUCACCUCAAAUCUCUAUUGCGAAGUUUCAAAAGGGCUUACGACAUGCAUCGCCUUCCGUCAAUCCGACAAAGUUAGAAGGAGAAAAUAA